CUUCCCUCGGUCCAUGACUACAUUCUCACCUAGUCAUAGCCAGGUACACGAUGUCGGUGGCAUCGAAGAUCCUCCAACCGGAUUGCGAGCCAUUUCUGCGGAUUCGAUCGAAGACCUCGAUUGGAACCCCUGCCCCCCAACUUCGGCAUAGUUUAUCGACAUGCGUUGAACAUAUUUGUUUUGGGGGCUUGGGGGGGAAUGAGGUACGCUGCGCGUGUGGGAUGAGAGAAGACCAGAGAGCCUAGAGGGGGAAGGAAGACAGAAGUAGCCCCACAGAGGACACUCGAGGAGGAGGAGGAGGAGGAGGCUUGGGUGGCACAAUGCGAUGGGAGCUGGAGGAGGAGCAGCCGUCAGCGCGGGUCGCUUUAAGGUACACAGUCGAGACACGCAUGCAGCAGGCGCUGACAGAGGUCUGGAUAUGUCGGCAACGAGAGAAACGGGGAAGACGAGGGUUCAGAUCACUGCACGAGUUCCGGGAAGUGGAAUUUGGGAGCUUACAGACGAGCUGCUGCACCAGCUGAAGGCGGCACGGAGGAUCGGUUCUCGAGUUUGAGCUCGGGAGGGAGACGCGGCGUUCAGGUGUGAGGAUCGAGUCGGAGCUGACAGUCGGAGGAUUGCUCGGAUGGGCACGAUGAAGCGGUUUGGGCUGUGCCUGUUGGUGCUGAUCAGCAGCGUGGAUGCCGUGGACCUCGUCGAGGACGCCUACCCGUCCUUGGAGAGCAUGGCAUGUGAUGCUCGAGCUGGUAAACCCAAGGGGCCGAGUAAGAUCGUAGACAUCACGCACGAGAUGCGACUGGAUCUGCCCUCGUUCGAUGACGGCAAUCCCCUCACGGAUGCCGUGACGUUGCUGAAGGGCAUGAGACGCGACGGUCACAGCUGUAAUCUGUCGGAAUUGAAAAUCAUGGUGCACUCCGGCACGCAUGUCGAUGCACCUGGGCACUUCGUGAACGAGAUGUACGAGGCGGGCUUCGAUGUGAACGGCUUGGACCUCAACGUUCUCGUUGGUCCAGUGCUUAUUGUCGAUGUUUCCAACGAAGAAGGGCACAUUACAGAACAAGUCAUGCAAAAGUUAAACAUCCCUCGAGGUGUGGAGCGUGUUCUCUUUAGAACUGCCAACACUUACAGGCGUUUGAUGUACAAAUCACAGUUUGACAGAAGCUACGUCGGAUUCACGAAGGAAGCAGCAGAGUGGCUCGUUGCCAACACAGACAUCAAGCUCAUCGGCACGGACUACCUCUCAGUGGCAAUUUUCGCUGAUCAAACUGGACCACAUCGAGCAUUUCUUCUGAAGAAAUUGGUUCUUGUGGAAGGACUCAACCUUGAAAACGUUGAUGUCGGCCUGUCAAUGCUCUACUGCCUCCCAUUACGACUCUUGAAGGCAGAAGGAUCUCCUGCUCGGUGCAUCUUGAUUAACUGAUGAAGACUUAUGAAGACGGUGGCGAGCAGAUGAAGAUCAUCAGCACCACUCCAAGUUGAGAGGAGCCCUAGCCUUCCCCCGUGGUAUUUUUAUAUCGAGGCGAGACCCACCCUUCCCAUCUUUUGUAUAUCAUAAGUUCCUCAAGAUUGUGUGUGGAAGGGUUUAACGGGCAUAAACUUUAUAGCUGGAAGUCUAUCGCAGCGGUGUUACUAUCGCCGGCCAAAGAUCUGAUCAUGUCCAAACUCUUGUAGAACCAAGUGUGAAAGGUUCUGGCCGCGAGGAAACUGAACGAUGAUGUUUAUCAUGCUGCAAGAAGUUCUACCAUAUGGAUACUGAAGAGUACAUACUCAUAAAGUUUCCAAGUUUACAAGUCACUUAACAAUAUGUAUACUAAACCCUGAACCCCGAUGAGGUUUUGACAGUCUCAAAAAGGAACGCCUCUCGAUUUUUCGGAAGCUUCGUGAUUCACCGUAGCGUCUUGUUUGACUGAAGUUUCUAAAGACCCCAGAGUUAGGUUCAUGGGGAUUUGUUUAUGAGGAUGUU